AACAAAAUGGCGGAAGUGAAAGUACAAAAUCUUCUCCGUUUAUACAAGCUUAGAGACAAGUUUGACGCUGUUAUUCUAGCUGUUCAUGCUUGCCUUGUAGAGCGAGAAUUCCGCUGUAUCAAUUCAGGGGAGGAGAGAAACACACAACAAGAAUUUGAUUUUGGAGAGACCCUUCCUCCCGACUGGAAUUCACUUGAUGAUGUUUAUGCUCUUCAAUAUCGCAGAGGAAACUUUAACUCUGUGUACAUUUUAAAAGCCUUGAGGCUGGGUGAUAAAGUGAUGCUGUAUCUCAUGGAAGAAGAUGAGUCCAAAAUGUUUGACGCAGAAUUAGAUGUGGAUAGCUACACUUCCACAUCAGCUGAAUACAACUGUGCACAGGGAACCCAACAGAUGGACAGAAUAUUCAGACAUCUUGAUCAGUUGAAGACAAAAAUAUUCAAAGAAGUUGUUGACAAAUUUACUUCAAGCAGCAGAGCAGGUUCCAAUGAGGAAAGAAGACAGAACAGAACAGAUAAUCAGAGGGAGCAACCAAGCAGAUUGAUUGAUGAUGACCCACUGAGAAUACCUCCACGCAGACCACCAGACUUUCAUGGGGAAUGGGCACCACCAGUUGGGCCUUUUGGAUAUGGUGAUGGAGACAGGUUCCCUGGAUACCCAGGUGGUAGUGGUGGCAUGUUGAUGGACCCUUUUCGUGCAGGAGGUAUGGGUGGGGUAGGACCUGGAAGGCUUGGACCACAACCCCUCCCAGGACAGUUGCCAAGAGGGGCUGUCCCUCCAGGUGCCAGGUUUGACCCAUUUGGACCAGUACCUCGUGGAGGAUCACGCACUGAUCCUAGGUCAGGAAGAUUUGCUGGACCUGACCCAGAUCACUUGCCACCACCAGGAUAUGAUGACAUGUUCAUGUGAAAAUAAUGUAAAAGAUUUGGUUUUCCAAGCCUAGAAUUAUGAAGAAUCAGCUUGUUAUUUCUAAGUUAAACUUAGUUUUAUGUGCCUGCUUUAGUUUUAUCUGCCUUAAUAUUUUGCGCAGGUACUGGUACAUAUACAGCUCAAACAUUUUAUAAGCCAACAUCAUCAAUGAUAAUGAUUAGGUGGAGUGUAGGGAGUUACAACAAGAAUUUCUUCAAGUAAUGCAAGGUUGUUUUGUAGAUUGGAGCUGGCAAAAUUCUCUAGCUUCAACAUCAUUACAGUUGGUAGCCUCUUCAAGCUUUACACAUAAUUAAAUUCACAGCUGCCCAUGAGAGUGUGUUUAUUAUUUUAUUUUCUAGCUUUGUAAAAUGCAUGAAUUCCUCUCCUGGGGGUCAACCGUUGCCCAAACACCCAGACAAAAGGCUGUACAUCAGCAGUUACUCACAUAGCAACCGGUGUUUUGCAGUGCAUAAACAUGUUUUCAGUGAACAAAUAUUUUCCUCAACAUGUAGACCUCCUUAAAGCUGAUUUUACCCCUUCUCCAGCAGCAAAAAUCAGACUAUUAACUCUCAAAAUAUGAGAGCAUAUUUACUCAGCUAAUUAAGGUUUCUUCUCUUGGGUUUUUUUUUUUUUGCUUAGGGUUUUUUUUUUGUGAUGGCUUGCCAUGAGAGUUUCUUGGUAUAUAAAUUUCUUCAAAAUUUUCAUUACCUAUCUGGGAGACACACACCGCUGUGAACACACACUGUAACACAAAAUUGAAGCAGGUGUUUAAAAAUCUUUAUUCCUCCCAGUUGUUUGUUUUAGUUACCAUUUACACAUAUACCUUUACUUCAUAGAAAAAUACACACUACAGUAGCAAUCAAUAGUUUAUAAGCAGAUUCUCAUGUACAGCAAUAAGUGAACAUAUAUCGGUGAGGGAAAACAAUUUUUCAACCAUUUAGGAAUAUUUGUUACACUGCUCUCAACCAUGUUGCAAAGUUUCAAAGAGGGAAUAUUUUAGAGGAUUUAAAAGUUCAUCGUAUUUCCAUUGUAUUUACAUUUUGACUAUUUUGUUUACCCUGUAGAUAUUGCUUUGUGCAACAGUGACUGUUAGCAGUGUGAAACAUAACAAGUUGCUCUACUCAACCUGAUCAGAUUUCAUGCAUUUAUUACACCCCAUAUCUAAACUAAUCUAACACUAA